UUUUGUAGAAUAGCGUUUCUCCGGCGGGACUUAAAAUCCCCAGCAUCUCGUGCUUGCAGCAACCCCAAGAUAGUCACGAUUUUUAAAUCACACUAGAAAUGCUUCAACUUGAAAGAUUGCAGAGCCCUUCCACUCCACGUGAAGAUGUUGGACCAGCGAAGCUGCUGCCCUUACGACGUCUAGGCCGACGCCUAGGACGACCUCUCGGAUGACCUCAAAGACGACUUCUAGGACUGCCUCGAGGACGAUGCCUAGAGCUUUUGACCAUGUCAAUGGCCGCGUGACAACCCAUGAACCGCCGGCAUCACCACCCAGAGAACCACCCGCCGGCGUGUUCCCCAUCCGCCGCGAUGUGGACCCAGAUGCCGCUUCUGAAGCAGAAUGGUGCUCCUUUGGCAGUUGUCAGCCGACACUGCCUGACGAGGAUCUCUGUUGCCAAGAGAUGGGGGAAUUGGCCCCGCUCCUGCGGAACGGGUGCGUCACGCGGAACGAGUUGUUUUGUCUCCCCUGCCUCCACAAAGACCAGCUAGAGGUCCACGCUCGCCUCAUGGAGCACUUCACGCCCACUUACCUCGAAACAAGCGAUGGAAAUAGAAAGCUGAGAUACACAGCGUACCGGGUAAUCGUGAGCUGGGCAUGGGGGUGCUGUGGAAGGUCCCGGCAACAUCGGUUACCUGGAUGUGUCCUCAGAAAGAUUCGAGAAGGAUUUCCAUCGCCUGAGUACCAAUUAUUUUCUUGUGCAUAGGUGAGUACACCUGCUUCACACAUUAGGGUUUCCAAAGUGUGUAAUUGGCCAAAAGUGUUUUGGACACCAUCAAAGAAGUUUAUUGCUCACGUUUAUUUCAG